GCACGACUUGUCACACCGCUCGGUCAGAGGACGGUAAUUCCACCCACAGAGACCUUGAGCGCCCUCCGCACACAGGCAAUCGCGAUUGCGUAUCUGUAAUAGACCUGCUUGUCCUGACAAUUCCCCCGAUCGACCUCGUUCGUCGUACGCAAACAUGUCUGCUUCGCUCCCUGGUGAUCGCGACCUGCCGGCGUCGCAGUAUGACUUGGCGACGUACUAUGGCCGUGUGCGCCAUACCGUCCAGUUGACGGAUCCUAGCACCUUGUUUGCAGGCACCGCCGGUCUCGAAAAGGCAAAGAAGCUCAUCACCGAUUACAAGACGGGCAAGAUUGAGAACAUGACACCAGACUUGUGGAAGGCCAAGAAAAUCGUUGAUUCCACCUUGCAUCCCGAUACUGGCGAGCCAGUGUUCCUCCCCUUCCGAAUGUCCUGCUUUGUCCUGUCCAACCUGAUUGUCACAGCCGGUUUACUGCAACCCGGACUCGGUGCCUUUGGUACUGUUGCCUGGCAAGUCACCAACCAGUCUCUCAACGUCGCUAUCAACAGCUCCAAUGCGAACAAAUCCUCUCCCCUAACCACGGCCGAUCUUGCGAAGUCCUAUACGGCAGCUGUGACAGCGUCUUGCUCGAUAGCGCUGGGCCUUAACGCAAUCGUCCCCAGAUUAAAGGUUGCUGCCAACACGAGGAAUAUUUUGUCACGACUGGUGCCAUUUGCCGCCGUUGCCUCUGCCGGUGCGCUCAACGUUUUCCUGACCAGAUCCAAGGAGAUGACGACUGGCACCGAAAUUAGACCUGUUCUUUCGUUAGCAGCCAAGGCCAAGCUUUUGGAGGAGGGCAAGUCCGAAAGAGAUAUCCCAUCUCUUGGCAAGAGUCAAAAGGCUGCCAAGAUUGCCGUGUACGAGACUGCUGCCAGCCGUGUCAUCAACAACACACCGAUCAUGAUUAUCCCAGCUAUGAUCCUAUACAACAUUCAAUCUAAGCAGGCUUGGUACAAGAGGCUUAUGGAGAAGGAAUGGGUCAAGGCCAGACCAAGAGUCGCCGGCACUAUCCCCAUUGGUAUCAACUUGUGCUUACUCACGGUUGUGUCCUACAUCUCCCUCCCUCUUGCGUUGGCGGUCUUCCCCCAGCAGCAGCAGAUUGAUGCCGACAGCCUUGAGCCCGAAUUCCAUGGCAAGGGUGGUGUCGACGGCAAGGUUUGGUUCAACCGGGGUUUAUAGAUUUCUUUGGACCAGCAACGAAGCAGGAUGGCUUGCGCUUGGUGCAUCAAGCAACACGAGGGGGGAUUUGAAAGGCUUUCCAGUACUAUCAUUUGAUAAGCGGUUAGACAUGGCGCACAACGGUAAGUUUGGUUCAAGCAGUGUCCAUCUGCUUAGACCGGAUGGCAUGUUGCGCUGGUAUAGAGUUGGGACCGGCAAAAAAUGGACUUGUUAAUACCCAUAGAUUUAAUCAUCAUAAUCACAGUGUUACCCUUUUUAGAACACUAGAUACACAUGAAGGCAACUAUCUCAAGGUACACCUCUAGGCUUACGAAGGAGAAAUAUUUGCAGUGAACGCUGAUCGAAUCGAAUUGUAACCACCUAGCCAGCACGUGUAUCGGUAUCUAAGCGCCAGAGAAGAGCCAGCCAUAAUGACGCUAACGCGCCCUUACGUUGGCCAUGUGGUGCGGCUGGUACUGUCG